AUGUGCAACUGUGAAAGAACAAUUCUUUUUUUGGCAGCUGUGGCAAGCCCUGUUUUGUGGCAGAAGGACUGUGUAAAGGGUCCAGAGGUGUGGUGUCAGAGUGUUCGGACAGCAUCACAGUGUGGAGCGGUGAAACACUGCCAGCAGAAUGUUUGGAACAAGCCUACUGUAAACAGUAUCCCCUGUGACUUAUGUAAGGAACUUGUGACAGUGGCUGGCAAGGUUUUGAAGGAUAAUGGCACUGAGGAUGAGAUCCGCUCUUACUUGGAAAAGACGUGUGAGUUUCUUCCUGACCAAGGCCUGGUCUCUGAGUGCAAAGAAAUUGUGGAUUCGUACCUACCUGUUAUCAUGGAUAUGAUCAAAGAAGAGCUGGAUAAACCUGAAGUUGUAUGUAGUGCCCUUGCACUGUGCCAGUCCCUUCAGAAACACCUCGCAGCAAUGAAACUUCAGAAACAACUCCAGUCAAAUAAGAUACCGGAGCUGGAUUUCUCUGAACUGGCAUCCCCAUUCAUGGCUAAUGUGCCUCUUCUCCUUUACCCUCAGGACAAACCCAAGCAGAAGUCAAAGGGAAGUGGGGAUGUAUGCCAAGAUUGCAUUCAGCUGGUUACUGAUGUUCAGGAAGCUGUGAGGACAAACUCAUCUUUUGUAAAGUCUUUGGUUGCUCAUGCUAAGGAGGAGUGUGACCGUUUGGGACCUGAAAUGUCUGAUAUGUGCAAGAACUAUAUCUCUGAAUAUUCUGACUUGGCCAUCCAAAUGAUGAUGCACAUGAAGGAUCAGCAACCAAAGGACAUUUGUGCCAUGGUUGGGUUCUGUUCUUCUGUGAAAUCUGUUCCCCUUCAGACUCUGGUACCAGCUCAAGUGGUUCAUGAAGUAAAAAUGGAAACAGUGGAGAAAGCCUCAGUUCAAGAGAAGACUCUUUCCUUGUGUGAAAUAUGUGAGACCAUGGUGAAAGAAGUGACUGGCCUCUUGGAGAGCAACAAGACAGAGGAGGAGAUUGUACAUGAAAUGGAGGUGGUCUGCUACCUGUUCCCAGCAAGUGUCAAGGACCAGUGUAAGGACUUCAUUGAUGUCUAUGGCCAGGCUCUGGUUGACAUGCUUUUGGAGGCAACAAAUCCUGAAGCUGUGUGUGUUAUGCUGAAAUGCUGUGCUGCCAACAAGCCUCCACCGCCACCAGUUUUAGUGAAACCUGCAGGUGGCUUCUGUGAUAUCUGCAAGAUGGUGGUAUCUUAUGCAGACAAAGAACUAGAGAAGAAUGCCACAACAGCUGAAAUUGAAGCUUUACUGGAAAAAGUCUGUCACUUCCUGCCAGAGUCUGUCCGUGAUCAGUGUGUUCAGUUUGUGGAUCAGUAUGAACCUGUGGUUGUGCAACUCUUGGCAGAAAUGAUGGAUCCCACUUUUGUUUGCACUAAACUUGGAGUCUGUGGAUCAGCUAAGCAGCCUCUCCUGGGGGAUGAUGCUUGUGUUUGGGGUCCAGGUUACUGGUGUAAGAACAUGGAGACUGCUGCUCAGUGCAACGCUGUUGAUCACUGCAAACGUCAUGUGUGGAACUAGAAGAGGAAUUUCCAGUUCUGAAAAUUUGCCAUGGCUCUUUGUGGGCCGAGGUUGGCGGGGAGCUGUAUCUCAACUGUCCCUCCUUUCUGCCUCAUUAACAAGUUGACCUUCAAGUUCCUUUAUUGUAACUCUUCUGUAGCAGUGCUGCUGUUGAAGGAUCAGAUCUUCAUUGUUGAUUUAACAAAGAUAUUUUUGAUUGUACAGUUUAACUCAUUAUGCUCCUAAAAAUAGUCAGUGUGUUGUAGUUUUUUAAUUGAUAGGCUGAAGUGUUUUUAGGUGCUGGGAAGAAUGUCAGAGAAGGUGAAAUAAGACAAGGCUAUUAUCUUUUAACUUAAAAAAAGAACAAGAU